UGUGGGAGUCAUCGUUACAAACAUGGCGUCUCGUGCGCUCGCACACUGUGUGCGCUCCAUCGCUCGCGCUUCUGCAAGGUUAAAUGAGGGAAAUGCGCUCACGAGAUCCGCCCGUGCGUCCCUCGUCUCAACCCAUCGAGCGAUCUCUCUCAUGUCAUGCAGUCAGGGGACGAGGUGGACUGAACUAAUGCGGAUUUCAGGGCCAUCUGUUCAGCUGUGUCGGCAUUAUGGAGAUCUCCCACCCCUCACUUUAGAGAGCAUCCAUGACCGUGUUAUGUAUGUCCUCAAACUGUAUGACAAGAUCAAUCCUGAGAAGCUUCAAAAAGCGUCUCAUUUCAUGAAAGAUUUGGGACUGGACAGCUUGGACCAGGUGGAGAUUAUCAUGGCUAUGGAAGAUGAGUUUGGAUUUGAGAUUCCAGAUGCGGAGGCUGAGAAGCUUAUGACUCCUGCGGAGAUCGUACAGUACAUUGCAGAUAAAAAAGACGUGUAUGAAUAGAAGCAUGGUCGCAUGGUACAGAAGAUUAACAUUGAACAAUAUGGACAUGGAUCAGCUGUAUCUACGCAGUGUCCAGUUUCUUUCAUACCCCUUUUUGUCUCUUAUGGAGUCAACUGCCUUGUCAUGUAUAAUGUUGUAUUUAAUGAAAAUGUCACUAUAAACUCUUAUGAGCUUGAGCUAGUAAAUAAAUCCAAGACAAAUGGUA